CACAAACAUAGAUAUUCACACACAUGCAUAAACACACACAUAUGAACACACACAUACACACAUGCAUAGACACACCUUCCUUCCCUGUAUCAACAGCCACUGUCUGUUACUGGUUUCCAUAAGUUUUAAUAGUUCAGCAUUUAACAAUUUUUUUUAAAAAAAUUUGCAAAUCAUGGCAACACUGAAUCUGCCUCUAAUUGUAAACUCAGUUCUUAUUGUCAUUAAAGGUUUUUGCUCUCCUGGAUCAAUAACAGUUUCUACUCCAUCCUCUGAAACACGCCCAUUUAAAUUUUUUUCAUGUCUCUCUUCUGCUAUUGGCUGUGAGGGGGCACCUGCUUGGAAUACAAAUGCACCACUAUCGUUCUUGCCUCUCUGACACUCGUGCAGGCUCUCUCGCCCGCUUGCUCACUCACUGGCUCUCUCUCUCUCUCCCCUCUCCUAUGCUGCUGUACUGUGAGGCAGUAGAGACAGCGAUUCACGCAACUCACUUAAUUAGGCUGUUGUUAGAUGUUUGAAGCAGGCAGUUGGGUGAAGGUCCAUCGUCCGGCUCAACAAGAGAGGGGAGGGGCAAACAAGAAUUGCUUUCGUUUUUAGCUACUUCGCAGCCAUAGAGAUUCAGCCUAGCUGCCAGCUCGUAAGACAGGGUAGAGUGUGGUUUCUUUGGACUGAGCGGACAGGAAGCAGCAGAGAGGAAAGGAGACACUAUACCAGGGGUGGGAGACCCUGAGCACCUAGGGCAGGAGACCCUGAGCACCUGGAGCGGGAGACCCUGAGCACCUGGAGCGGGAGACCCUGAGCACCUGGAGCGGGAGACCCUGAACAUCUGGAGCGGGAGACCCUGAGCACCUAGGGCAAGAAACCCUGAGCACCUGGAGCGGGAAACCCUGUGUGUGAAUUAACAGCUGUUUCCCUUCACCUCAGCCAGACAUGGCUUCGGCAUAGGAGUCCAGCAGAACCACUGCGGAGCGGGGAGCUGAGGCGCGUACGCUUGGUGAAGGAGGAGAGGAUGGCGGAGCCGAAGCCGGGUGUGAAGAUCAGCACCUCCAUCCUGCCCUGUUUCCUGUUCGUGGAGCUGGUGAUCAUGGCCGGCACCGUGCUACUGGCAUACUACUUCGAAUACACGGACACCUUCCCCGUGUACGUCCAGGGCUUCUUCUGCCACGACCGGACGCUCUCCAAGCCGUACCCGGGGCCGGAUGAAGGCAGCAAGGUGCCCCCCGUGCUGAUCUACUCCAUGGUCAGCGCCAUCCCCACGUUCACGAUCUUGGCCGGAGAGCUGACAUCCUUCUUCCUGAAGCCAGAGGGUACUCAAGAGAAGACCAUCGUCACGGCAGACUGCUGCUACUUCAACCCGCUGCUGCGCAGAAUCGUCCGCUUUCUCGGGGUCUACUCCUUCGGCCUGUUCACCACCACGAUCUUCGCCAACGCAGGCCAGGUGGUAACAGGAAACCAGACUCCCCACUUCUUGUCCGCCUGCCGGCCCAACUACACAGCGCUGGGGUGCCAUUUAGUGACGCAGUACAUCACGGAUCGCCGUGCCUGCACUGGCAACCCACUCAUCGUUGCCUCUGCUCGCAAGUCCUUCCCCUCAAAGGACGCUGCGCUCAGCUUCUACGCUGCUGUCUACAUAGUGAUGUAUGUUACAGUGGUGUUCCGGACCAAGGGCACCAGACUGGCCAAGCCCACUGUGUGCCUCACGCUGCUCUCACUGGCCGUGCUGGUGGGCGUGGUGCGCGUGACCGAGUACCGAAACCACUGGGGAGAUGUGCUGGCUGGCUACUUCACGGGCGGAGCCAUCGCCGUCUUCCUGGUUACCUGCGUCGUCAACAAUUUCCAGCAGACCAGGCCGGCUGCGCUUCCCUCGCGGCCGCCGCGCCCUGACUCUGCACCAGGCAUGCCCGUGGUGGUGCUGCCCUGCGUGGAGAAUCCACUGGAAAAGCUAAGUGGCUCUCAGAUUUCCGACCAUCAGAGCUGGUCUGGCCAUCCGGUAAACCGGGCAUGUUCCCGGGGUGCCGAUGGGCUUGUGGGCCGGCAAAAUUUGUCGUGGGGGACCCCCCCUCGAUCGUCAAAUUUUAUCGUAGGCUCCGGGAUCCCCGUUCAGCGAGAUCACAUGACCAUCAGCCAUACCGGUUCCCCAUGCCCCCAGACGUUCUCAUACCCUCUCCCUCCAUCUCCAGCGAAGUCUAGACCUCCCUCCCGGCCAUUCUCACCGAUGCCCCGCCCACUCCGGACGCCAACCCCUCCAACGCUCCUAUUCGACACAAGUGUAAACCGCUCGCCCCACCAGCAAACACCCCUCAGACCCCCAAACCGCCCUCCUCACUGGAUGCUGAGCUGAGCGUCACUUUCUCCCUUGGUUUGCUCAGCUCUCAUUCCUGCUGACAGAAACGUUGUGUUUUUCUCCCGCUUUCUUUUAUAUUGUGUAAGAACAAGAACAAAGACUCGAUAGAGAAAAUAUUCCCUCACUGCUCUUUUGUACUGUAAAGGUUCUGUCCAUGUUCUAUCUAUGUUCUCUCCACACUUAUUACAGUUUUUUACUGUUAUUUUAGACCAUAAAUCCAUUCUUCGGCUAAACCUAUGAAAUUAACGAUUUUCUAGCUACAUGUGGGCAUAGGGACCUCCAGCAGUGACCUCCUGUGCUGAGCUGUAUCAUAGAACUGCGAAACCACUGUCCUGACCCAGUGAACACUGCCAAUGGAAUUAAAUUUGCCAGAAGUCUGGUAACCAGCUGGAGAAGCCCCCCCCCCUUCCACCCCUCCCCUACCCUAGACAGACAGAACACUGCGCAGGACACGUUCUCACACUCGAGGGCAUUUUAAUCGGUUUGUGUUUCUAGUGGAAUAUCAAUUACGGGAACUGAUGUUCAGCUUCUGUAUGCGGACAGCCUUCGGACGCCAGGCGACGGCACACGGGCGCACGGCAGCUGCUGUCUGAUUUUCCCGCUGUUCCGCUGUGGGCCCCUCUGGCAGAGCAAUGAAGAAGCGGAAUCAAACGCCGAACAGCAAAAACUGGUCAGAGGUGGAUAACUCGGGUCCAGAGAGUAAAAGUCCAGACCAAGAUUUCGUUUCAACCAACCAGUUGAGUCACAGAGUACUCAACAAAAUCUUGGUCUGGGCUUUUACUGUCUGGAAUCGACCUGCCCACCUCUGAAACUCCUCAAUAUGCUUUAAUAGAACCACACAGCACAGGAGAGAUUUAUUUGCUGUUGCCUUCUGCCCAGGUGUGAUAUUUGUAACAUGAUUAUAUUUUAUUUUUGAAGGUAUUUAUUGGUAUGCUAUGUAUGAAUACCUUACAUAUGGAUGGACAUUAGUCAUACGUGAAGGCCUGUCUCUCCAUCUUCUACACUCUCCCCUUGGGUUCCAUUCAUCUCUCGCUAACUGUCUUAUUGGACGUUCCUUUAUCUCACCCCUACAACUUUGGGUGACCUUGUUUUUGUUCCCAAAAUCCAUCUUUUGUACAUAGGUGUUUUUUUUUUCCUUGUUGUGGUAUUAAGGUGCAACUCGAGAGAGACAUUCCGGAUCACCGCGCACUGUUUCCGAUCACCAGGAGCACCAGCCGUUUCACUUAAGUGUCGUGUUUGGUGAAGCGAACCCGUGUACAUGCCGUAAUCCCCACAGAGUGUCACCCUCAUCAUGGCUGAAAGAUACACUGACAUGGUCACUGGUACACUGGCUGUGUACUGACAUUACAGUCAGAUGACUAAAGCAGAUUUUUACUUUACUGGUCUCUACAGCUGGUCACGUCGUUGUGGGUUUGACCAAUUUUUUUUACUCAAUAACCUAAAUUACAUUGAAAUGUUUACAUUUUUUCAUACAGCACUAUCUCUUGAGCUCUGAAAGUGGAUUACUUUUGAAAUAGGUUUCUUAAAUUUUCCAUCAAGUUUGAUAACAUUCAAAUGGAUAGCAGCUGCAAGGGUAUCUUGUUCAACAAACGCAUCAGGCUUGGUUCAAGAGGGGUUCUAUGCAUCUUCUUUAAUUGGGUUGUAAGAAGUGCAGUGGAUAUGUUUGACCAGCAGAUGGCAAUAUUGGUGAGGCACUGUAGGACAGCCUUACCACAAGACAACUUCUGAUUUACUAUAACUGACAUACUCGGGAACUCAGCGGGUAUACUGAAUUUAAUUUGGUAGUGCCAAAUCAGUAGCUCAUGAUGGUGCUGUUUUUGGCUGUUUUUAUUCAGCCAGUCCUUUUUAAAAAUGAGAAUAAAUAUGACACUAAAGCGGAAAAACCGACUGAUGCGCCGUGUCAUUUGAAGUGAUCUGACGGAGGCACUAUUUUCCUUCCUAUAUACCUUCUUUUUGUAACAAUUUGUCUGACAAGAAAAUAAAUAUUGCA